AAGAUACAGCGUGGCGACAUAGUGUGCGUCGUGUCUCCGAAGGUGCCAAAUCAAACCCUGAUCAAGAGAGUCAUCGGACUUGCCGGGGAUAUUAUAGGCACGCAUGGAUACAAAAUCAGUGCUCUUCAAAUACCAGAAGGUCAUUGCUGGUUGGAAGGAGAUCACAUUGGGCAUUCUAUGGAUUCUAAUACCUUUGGGCCAAUAUCUCUGGGUCUGGUAACAGCGAAAGCUACUCAUAUAGUUUGGCCACCGAGUCGGUGGCAACAGUUACAUCCUAUAACCAAACCCAAUCAUGAGGGCUGUUAGCUUUGUAAAGAGAUUACAAUGGGAACUACCUGGUACUGUAUGCAGGCAUGGCUUAACCAUAGGAGAUGUCGAUAACGAUGGUGAUAAUGAAUUAGUUGUUGGCACUGCCGAAGGAGAACUUUAUAUUUUUAAAGGAUCAGAGUUGUGGCAGAAAAUCACUGGCCUUGGGCUUAUAACUAGUGUAGCAAUUGGAGAUAUUUUUAAUUAUGGUCGCAAUGCACUUGUUGUCAUUUGUGGUGAUGGUUGGACGCAUAUAUUUUACAGUCCUAGAUCUGUUAAUCCUAAUAACACAAGCAUACCUGUAGGCCAACAUGUUGGUAAUACGAAUGAACAAGAUUUCAAGACAACUACUGAUAUAGGAAAUUCUCAAAAUAUAGAACACAUUGACAAUACUAAUGAAAUUAGUGAACUCUCUGGAAAAAUGGAAUGUGUACAUAUACAAAGAAUUCCAACUAAUACAAAGACAGUGCUGAUAGCUGAUGUCGAUAAAGAUGGUGCUAAUGAGAUGAUUCUUGGUCUGACGGAUCGUGUUGUAAGAUCUUACAGAUGGUCGAGUAAUGCUGAUGUGGGGACAGGAAAAUUAGUUGGCCUAAAUAAAUGGGAAUGUACUAAUCAAAUAGGAACAGUUACACUGCAACAUACUGGUGAUGGUACGCCGACUCUACUUGUUGCACAACCUGGUGGUACGUUCAUGCGAAUCAAGUGCAACCGUGAAGAUAGUCAAUCAAAGAAUAGUUCCUGUGAGGCUGUAGAUUAUCAAACAUUAGGGAUAUCUAGGAUGCGCAAUCAAAAUAUUUCAACAGAGAUUAUUGGAGAUUUAGAGCCAGGAAUAACGCCGUUUAUUUCGACGCUUGAGCCUAAAUUGUCUAAUUACGUGCCUAAAGAUAAAUUGCCGAAACAAAGUUUCACGGAUGAUAGCCAACUGGACUUGAAAACCUUCAAACCUACAUCACUCGAGUUCAAAAGAAAUUACUCGCAACCGCUGAUUCGGAAAAAUAGUCUGGAUAUGGCCGGCGAAUUUCAGAGAGAUUUUACAGUGGGAAAUCAAGGACCAGUUAGAUUUUAUAGUCCCAUCGAAUCUUCAAGCACUGAUGAGAUGGACGGCAACUUUAUCGGUGGCAAGGUUAUUCUUGGAAAAUUCGAAAAUAUGAAAACUAUGAAAGAUACCUUGUUAUCAUCUUUUUCACAUUUUUCCCACAAUAAUAAUAAAAUCGAUAGUAGUAAUCAGAAUAAUAAUAAUAACAGCAACAAUGUGAAUCAAGAUGUAAAAAAUGAUACAGAUUCAGACGAUGUAGUUGAUCAUGAAAACGCUCCGAAAGGUAAACCUUAUGCCUUAGCAACGCUUGAUGGAACUAUCAUGUUAGUACAGGAUGAAGUCAUUUUAUGGGCUAUGCAAGUAGAUCAUCAGAUAUUCGCUCUUUGUCGAUUGGACGUCACAGGCGAUGGUUCCGACGAGAUAAUCGCUUGUGCGUGGGACGGUCAGACUUAUAUCUUGGAUCAACAACGGCACAGCGUACGCUUUCAAUUUGAGGAACCGGUCAGAGCUUUUUGCACAGGAAAUUACAAUGUAAUCCCGGGAACGUCCAGUCCUAGUCUAGUGUACAAUACCUUCAACAACAAGAUUUUUCUUUACUACGAUGUUACUUUACCGAGCAUGAUAAUCACUCCUCUGAAUCCCAUGAAGGACUUUGAAUCUGAUGAAAUGCAAGCCUUAGAGAAAAUAUUGGGCAAGUGUAAUACAAAUGAGAAACAACAAAAAAUGCAACAAUUAACUGAAUGGUUACUGUAUGGUGUACAAUAAUCAUGUGGCAGAUGUUAUAAUUAAAUACAUAUAACAGUAUAAUUAUUAAAAUAUGUAUAUUUUAAGAAUUAUCCUAUUCUGGCAGAGAUGUAUAAUAAAAUAUGCGUAUUCUGGUACAUUAAAUCACUAUUCUUGUUCUUAAAUUUCUCUGUUAGCAUAAAGAUGGAGCAAUAAAAAACCACGUGCAUC